AUGAAGCACCGUGUGGCUUUCCGUAAACUCAAUCGCACGUCAUCUCAUCGCCAAGCAAUGUUACGUACCAUGGUGACGCAGCUUAUUGAACAUGAACGUAUUCGUACGACAUUGCCAAAGGCCAAAGAAUUACGUCGUGUUGCUGAACAAGUGGUGACAAUGGCCAAACAAGGUGAUGAACCUGCUCGUAAACGUGCUCAGAGCGUCCUGCGCACGCCUGAAGCUCUCACGAAACUUUUUGACGUCGUGGGUCCCCGCUAUGCAUUGAGGGAGGGAGGCUAUACUCGCAUUCUUAAGGCAGAUUUCCGUAAAGGUGAUGGGGCUGAAAUGGCGAUCAUUGAAUACGUCGACCGACCUGGUGAGAUGCGGAAGGCCAAGCCUCCGACGGGUGUUGAGGCAGCUCGUGCCGCUUUUGAAGCUCAGGCUGAGGCUACUCAGUGA